CAGUUUCCGGGCCGGGCUGAAGGCCGCGUUCUGCGCUAUGGGGUCUUGGCAGCGUCUGCUGCUCUUUGGUGGGGUGUCGCUUCGGGGAGCUGGCGGGGCCUGUGCCCCACUUGGGGGACGCCGAGCGUUGGUUUGUCGGCGCCAGUUAUCUGGCUCUGAGAAUGAGACUCUAAAACAAAGAAGAACACAAGUCAUGUCCCGAGGACUUCCAAAGCAGAAACCAAUAGAAGGUGUUAAACAAGUUAUAGUUGUGGCUUCUGGAAAGGGUGGAGUUGGAAAGUCUACUACAGCAGUGAACCUUGCACUUGCACUAGCAGCGAACGAUUCGUCAAAGGCGAUUGGUUUGUUAGAUGUGGAUGUGUAUGGCCCAUCAAUUCCAAAGAUGAUGAAUCUUAAAGGAAGUCCAGAAUUAUCACAGAGCAACCUAAUGAGGCCUCUUUUGAAUUAUGGUGUUGCUUGUAUGUCUAUGGGCUUCCUGGUUGAAGAGACUGCACCAGUUGUUUGGAGAGGCCUUAUGGUAAUGUCAGCCAUUGAGAAACUGUUGAGACAGGUAGAUUGGGGUCAACUGGACUAUUUAGUUGUUGACAUGCCACCAGGAACUGGAGAUGUGCAGUUAUCAGUCUCACAGAAUAUUCCUAUUUCAGGUGCUGUGAUUGUCUCCACGCCCCAGGACAUUGCGCUGAUGGAUGCACACAAGGGAGCUGAGAUGUUUCGAAAAGUUCACGUGCCUGUUCUGGGCCUUGUUCAAAAUAUGAGUGUUUUCCAGUGUCCAAAGUGUAAACACAAAACUCAUAUUUUUGGUGCUGAUGGUGCAAGGAAGCUAGCACAGAUCCUUGAUCUUGAUAUUCUAGGAGACAUUCCCUUACAUCUUAAUAUAAGAGAAGCUUCGGAUAUAGGCCAGCCGAUUGUAUUUUCACAGCCUGAAAGUGAUGAGGCCAGAGCUUACCUGAGGGUUGCUGCGGAAGUGGUACGACGACUGCCACCACCUGCGCAGUGACUCCCAAGUGUCCUGGAAGUUUACCUGCUGCGUGACAAUAAGACGACCUUUGGAAAUCAGCAGUGUGGUGAUAAAACCUACAGAAAUCAUAGCAACCGUAGUUGUGUUCUUGUAUUUCUAAGGAAAUGAUAUCUUAUUUUCAGGUUUGAUUUGCUAAGCAAUGACUCAGAAACAAAGUUUUGACACAUCAAUGCUAACUGCUACACUCAGGAAUUUGUCUGGAAGCUGAGUGUACCAACUGCACAGAACUGCUUUUUAUUUUAUUGAUCUACCCUAGAAGAAUCAUGAGUUUACGUUACAAGCCCGCCCUCCAGUUCAGGAGAAAACUGUGCUCUUUUCUGCAGGACUCCAGAGCUCGUCAUUUAAAGGAUUUACUAACCUGGUGUAAGGACACACGGGUGACACCCCUUCAUCAGGCAGUUUGGUCUGGGUUUGAAUCCUGUCUCUAGUACUAUAUUGAACACAUUCUCAAUAUAGAUUAAACCUUGACUUCUUCACAUGGACCACACUCUACCCAAGGCUUAAUGAAUCUAAAUCUCGGAGAUAGGGCCUGGACAUGCGCAUUUUUAACAAGAUCCUAAUUAUUUUGAUUAAUCUUAUUAUGGCAAUAGGAGCUAAUAUUUAUCAAGUGUUUUCUUGUGUCUUUUUAGUUAAUCUUUCUUUCGUAUUAUGGUGUACUGUUGCUAUCUCCAUUUUACAAAUGAGAAUACUGAGGUAUGGGAAAGUUAAGUGUCUUACUGAGGAUUACUAUUUUAGGAGGGGAUGGAGCUGAGAUUUAAACUUGGGUACUUGGGCACUGGAUCCCUCCUUUUGUACAACAAGGGGCAUUUGUUUAUUUCAAAAGAGACAUAUAGUAUUCAAACUCACUUGACCAUGACACUCUCUGUCCCCACUCCAACUUUUUAUUAGGAGUUCAUUUUUAUCAAGUUCAUUUUUCUAAGAGUAUACUUUGAAAAACAUGUGUCUUGUCUAGUUGAGGCUCAGAGAGAGUCGGGGUCUUCCCAGGUUUAGGUAGCAAGAUAGUUGUAAACCUGCAAGUACUGAUAAGAGUCAUUAGUUAAUCCUCAGUUAUAAGGAAGUGGUCUCUGACCUUUGGCAAAUGCCUUGACAUCCUUUGCUUUGUAGUUAGGCAGCCAGAAAAUUAGACAAAGAGUUACAUGUCAUUCUAAACAUGUUUUCACACACUUAUGUUCACAUAAAAGACUGUAGAUGGUUGUUUAUAGCAUCUUUAUUUGUAAUAGCCAAACCAACACAGAGCUUUUCAGUGGGUGAAUGGUUAAACAAACUGUGGUAUAUCCAUUCCAUGGAAUGCUACUCAACAAUAAAAAAUAACAAACUAUGGAUACAUGCUACAACUUGGAUAAAUUCCAGAGAAUUAUACUGCAUGAAAAAGCUAAUCCCAAAGGUUAUGUAUCAUAUGAUUCCAUUUGUAUAAUAUUCUUGAAAUGACAAAAUUAUAGAAAUGGAGAACAAAUUAGUGGUUUCCAGGGGAUAAGGAAGAGGCUGGAGCAGGGAUUGUGUAUGUCUAUAAAAGGGCAACACUAGGGAUCCUUAUGUUGAGGGAAAUGUUCUGUAUGACUGUAUAGAUGUCAUUAUCUUGGUUGUGAUAUUGUUCUAUAGUUUUGCAAGAUGUUACCAUUGGAAAAAAUUGAGUAAAGGGCACA